GGGCCUGAGGCUCAGAGACACAGUGUGAAUGUGACAGUGACUAAAUACAUUCAGACUUCCACUGGAGGUGAAGUUUCUGACCAGUUCAGACAAAGAGGGAUUUAGUGGUUUCCAGUCAGAUUGCUUAUAUCUCCAAGUCGUGUGAAACCACUACACACAUUAUAUCCACGUGUCUCCAGCAGCUACAGUGGCCGGUGGGGUAAAGUUACCGUGAAGCUCGUUGUCCCAGGUCUCUCUUCAUCGUCCAUUAGUCCCCGUGGUCGAUCUAAUUCUGUCAGAGCUGGAGGAGGGGAGGGGGGCUGCUCGAGCCACAACCCCAGCCCCAACCAGGCAAAGGGCAAAGACAGUGACCACCUCAACCGGGUCCCUGUCCCACUCCCCCGGCCUCGACCACUGGGACAGACGUCACUGAACUGGACCAGCUCACAAUCAUCUGGACCCUUCGAGAUCUUCUUUGAAAAGUGCACAGUUGAUUGCCGGGAAUGGAAAAAGAGGUGUAGAGUUACCGGCGGUGGCCUGAGGGGUUCGAGCAGCAGCCUUUUUUCACGUGACGCUGCUGGAUUGGAGUUAGAGACUGGGAUUAAAUCGCACACAGGAGUCCAGGAUCUGCAGCAGGCGUUUGUUCUCAUGGCAACUUGAUCUGCACAGAGGAUUUACUGCUGGAAUAGAAGUUUUAUUUUGAAACUGCAGUAUGACUGAAGCAGUUGAAGAGCUGAAGCUCCUGUGACUCUGCGGUGUCCUCAGCAGAUCGCGGUCGUCCACCACCACCACCAUGGUCAUCGACAGUAAGAGCGGCGACGCCGGCUCGUCUCUACGGACGCCAAAGAAAACGUUCACAGAGGACGUGUCCUCCACGUUCAGCUCCCCGCUGGCCUGGAUCUUAGUCCUGGCCCUCGUCAUCACGUGGUCCUGUGUCUUCGUCAUCAUGUUCGAUCUGAUUGACUACAAGACUCUCUCAGGUCGCCCGCCUCCUGGCGUCAGGAAGGUUUUUAAGGAUUCAGGGCGUAGAGGAGGCCUCACCAAGAUCAGCUCCGACCCCAUGAAGGUGGUGAACGAUGCGGUGGAGGAAUCGACAAACGCGAUCAGCUUGAUGUUCAAAUUCGCCGCCAGCCUGAUCGCCCCAGAGGAAGAUGACGGAAAUCUAUACGCCGUGAGAAAAAAAGGAGAAUUUUUGCCGUCUCGGAGUAAAGUUGUAGGGAUGCAAGCAAAGACAAAACCACCAGUAGUUGACGCUGUGGAGGAAGAGGAGGAGGGAGAUGAAGAGGAGGCUGCUGAGGAGGAGGAGGAGAAGGAGGAGGAGGAUGAAGGAGAUGCAGAAGAGGGGGAACAACUAGAGGAGUAUGAAGAGGAGUAUGAAGAUUAUGAUGAGGAUGAGGAAUAUGAGGACGAGGAAGAGUAUGACGAGGAGGAGGAAGAAUAUGAGGAGGAGGACUAUGAGGAGGAGGAGGAAGAAUACGAGGAGGAGGAAGCUGAAGAGGAGGAAGGAGUUGAAGUGGAGGAGGCAGGGGGAGUUGAAGACGAUGAAGAAGAGGGAGCAGACGCUGUUGGGGAGGUGGAGGAAGAGGAGGAGGAGGAAGAAGAAGAGGAGGAAGAAGAAGAUGAAGAGGAGGGAGCAGAAGCGGUGGAGGAGGUGGAGGAAGAGGAGGAGGAGGAAGAAGAAGAUGAAGAGGAGGGAGCAGAAGCGGUGGAGGAGGUGGAGGAAGAGGAGGAGGAGGAAGAAGAAGACAUAGAGGAGGGAGCAGAAGCAGUGGAGGGAGAUGAGGAAGAGGAAGAUGAGGGACAAGAAGUGGAGGACAAGGUGGGGGAGGAGGAAGAGGAGGAGGAGGAGGAGGAAGAAGGACCUGCAGAGGAAGAACAAGAGGAGGAGAAGAAAGAUGAAGCAGCUGUGGAUGAAGAGGAGGAUGUGGCCGAGGAAGAGGAGAAUGGGGUAGCUGCUGAGGUGGAGCAAGAUGAUGAAGAUGAUGAUGAGGAUGAGAAGGGACCUGAAGCAGCUGUGGCAGACACCGAUGAAGGUGAAUCCAAAGAAGAGGCUGUAGAAGAAGAGGAAGAGAAAGACGAUGAAGAUGAUGAGGUAGAGGAAGAGAAGACAGAUGCUUCUGUUGAAGAUGAUGAUGAAGAUGAUGAAGAGGAGUCUGCAGCUGCUGAUGCUGAGGAUGACGAUGAUGAAGUUUCUCCUGAACCUAGUUCCACUUCUGAGAAUGAAGAGUCGGCCGUGUCUCCCGACUCGGAGUCUGACGCACCUGUUGAUGUCAAAGACAGCGAUGAAGAUGUGACUCUGCCUGUUGACGAUGAUGAAGACCAUGAAGAUAAACAUGAAGGCCACGAAGAUGAUGAAGAAGACGAAGAUGAUGAAGACGACGAAGAUGAUGCCUUCAUCGACAGCUCAGACCUCAGUGAAUCUGCACUUCUCUCGAGUGAUGAGGAGGCAGAGGAGGAUGGCGACGACGAUGAUGAUGAAGAUGACAAACUAGCUGAGGGUGUUCUAACAUCUGACAGCGAGGAAGACUACCUGAAGCUUGAUCUUCCUCCGGUCGCCACAGUUAGUGAGGAUGAUGAAGAUGAUGAAAUUGAGGAUCAUAAACUCUCCGAACUCGAGGAUCUUCUUCUUCUGGCCGCUCUUGAAGAUGAUGAUGAAGACCUGAAGGACACUGAUGAUGACGAGGAUGAUGAUGAAGAUCUGGAGGACGUCUCUGUUGCCUCCUCUGAGCACUUUGCAGAUGAUGAAGAUGACGAUGAAGACAGUGACCUCAGAGACGAUGAUCUUGACAUCGACUUUGACAAAGACGUCCACGUUGAGCUGGACGCUGAAGACGAUGAUGAUGAUGAUCAUCACAAAACCGAUGAUGAUGAAGAGGAUGAUGAUAAAGAUGAGGAGGAAGUUGAAGUCGCUCCCUUUGAGAGCACAGACAGUGGAGUCCUAGGUGAUGAUGAUGCUGAUGAUGCUCUGGAAACAGAUGAAGAGUCUGUCGGAGAGACUGUCUUCAGUGAUGACAUCACCUAUGACACAAGUGAUGAAGACGACGAGGACGAUAAAGACGAUGAUGAAGAUAUUGAUUCCAGCUCGUUUGAGUUCAGCCUCGAUCAAGAAGAAAUUAAAGAAACAUUCGUUUACACUGAAAAAGAUGAAGACGAGAUCAUAUCAGAGUUUUUAGCUGAUGAGGACGAGGACGUCGAUGAUGGUGAUGAUGAAGAUGAGGAAGAUGAGGAAGAUGAGGAAGAUGACGACGUCCUGCUCACAGCCCCCACUGCAGCGGCGUCCUCUGUCCAGGAGGAGGCAGUAAAGACUGAGGUGGAUGAGGAAGAGGAGCAGCUCCGUCAGGCUGGUGAUGAAGAUGAAGCUGAGGAGGACGACACAGAGGAAACUGCCUCAGUCACCAGUCAGCCUGCUGCUCCUGUCGAGGAAGACGAGGGAGAAGACGAAGAGCCGACGGCUGAAACGCAGAAAUCUGUGGAUGAGCCUGAAGAUGAGAAAGAGGAGUACGAUGAAGAUGACGAUGAGGAGCGGGCGGCGGUGGAUGUGAUCAGACCUUUGCCUGAACCGGAGGAGGAGGCGACGAAGAGUGAAGUCCCAGAUUGUCCAUGUUUACAUUCUGCUAAAACCAGCACCAAGACGGCAGAGAAAAAAGUUUUAUUUUCAGAGGCUCCAAGGAGGGUUUCAGCAACGAGGAGGAAAAAAGUUUCAGACCGUGAAGCUGUGAAAACAGACGACAAACCAAAAAGGAAAGCUCUUCCCAGAAUUGUGAGUCUGGAGCCGAAGAUCAGGAAGAUCAGGAGGAUCCCGGCUCUUCCCAGAGUCAAGAAAGUAGAGAAGACAAAAACUUCCAAACCAGAGACAGUGACCAAAAAACAAGAGGACGUCCCGGAAUCUGGACAAGAAGUCGGCCCCUGCAGACCUGCACCCGUCUACUGCCCGUCCCCACCCGGCUGGUACGUUCAUCACAUCGUCACAGACAACCCGUACCCCCCCCCCACCAUGGCAGCUCCGUCUGCUCCUGUCCUCACCGUCCAUCCCGGAGCGCCGCCCAUGCAGCCGCUCUACCAUCAACCACCACCCCCCCCACUGAUGCAGUAUCAACCGUAUGUGCCGCCGCUGCAGCCGGUGACGCAGCCGCCGCCAGAAGCAGCUCAGCCGGCUGAAGCUGCGCCGCCAGAGGCCCCAGAGCAGGAGGCCCCGGUUCAGCCGGAGGUCAAGGCUCCAGCUGCCGAAGCUCCGCCGGCGGCCAUUCGGCUCCACGAACCAGUGACUGAGGAGGAAGAGGUGAAGGCUGCCUCCCCCAAGAAAGCUGCUAAGAAGAAAACCACUAAGGCGGCUGAUUCAGAAAAAGAGCCGCCAGCAGCCAAACAGAAACCAAAGAAAGAAGCUGUUGUUUCUAAAGACAAAACCAAAGCAGCCCCUGCAAAGAAAGACUCAGCAGCAAAAGAAGAGAAAACCAAAAGUCCUGCAGCAGCUAAAAAAGAGAAAACUGUGAAAGAAAAAACCAGAACCGCUGCAGCUGCAAAGAAAGAGCCUGCAGCUGUUCAUCAGAAGAGGAAAUCCUCCUCUGAAAAGACGGCGUCUCCUGUCAAGAGCAAAGCCAAGACGGCUCCUGCCAAGAAAGAUCCGGAGCCGCGUCCACAUCCGAUCAGACUGAGAACGAGACUCGACGCCGGCAAGAGGGCGAACGUGACGUCUCCGGCCAAAGACGAGAAACCGUCCAGACCUUCUUCCUCUGAACCAGCCAAGAUGAAGUCAGAAACCUCGGCAGAGAGGAAAGGCAAAGCUGAAAAGGCUGAGAAGAAAUCUGUCAAAGAGGCUCAAGAUAAAGAGAAACAGCCAUCAGAAGCCAAAGAGCCGCAGACUGAAGACAACACCACAGAACAGAAGAAACCAGGCCAGCGAUACUUCCAGUGCAUUUACGUCCCUGGUAAAAAUGCUCAGUACCCCUUACGACCUUUCACCCCAGCGAUGUCCCCCGCCAUGAUGUCCCCCGCCAUGAUGUCCCCUGCACUCCGCUCCAUGUUGGAGCAGCAGCAGCGAGCAGCCAGGGCGUCGGGGCAGUAACCUCACGUCCGAUAUCUCCGCUCUCCACCUGCAGCAGGAGACAUGUUUGAAUCUGUGGACGAAAAAAGAAGGGGACAGAAAUAUUUUGUCUUUGAUUCAUUUGUGUAUUUAUUAUUUCUCGUUGUGGUUGAGCUCCUGGGUUUCUUAAUGAGAUGAUUUCACCCUCAGCUGAUGCUUCGCUGUGUUUGGUUUUACUCGUUGUCACUUUCAUGCCUGUCAAUAUCACUAAUAUAUUUCUGUGAAUAUUCAUAAAUCAAUAUAAUGUACAUAACAUGUAUAUUUAUAAUUAAGGCUGAGUUGAAAGGUGACACGUCUGCAUGUCAUUUUUUUAAUUUUAUUCUGUCCACUCCCGUGUAAGCUCCUGAUUUUUUAUUUAAUAUUGCUCAGGACAGUUGCACAUUAUUCUCAAAAAACGUAACUUUGUUUUAGGUUUUAUUUUAUUUUUAGCUGCACAUUACUUGGAUUAGGAAAAAUUCGAUUAAAUAAUUAAUAAUAAGCAUUUUUUUUGGAGAAUAUAUUUAAUUAUUUAAUUAAAAUGUCAUGUCAUGUCAUUAAAAUUCAUCUAAUUGAG